AUGACGACUCCUGUACGAACAACAACAACAGUUGAAACUAAUCAAUUAAUACGAGGAAAUCCUCCAACACUCGUACUUGAAUUAAAUAAUCCAAUUGAAACUGGUCCUCGUGUUCGCUGGACAGAAGAAACAAUUGAUAAUGAACAUAUGAAUAAAAAGAAAUCCAAAUGUUGUUGUGUAUAUACUAAACCACAUGAUCCACAAACAAAUCAUGAUGAAACAACAGACGAUAAUGAAUUUGAUAAUUGUCAACAUUGUCGAUAUCAUACGGAAUCUGAUUAUGCUGCUAAAUCGGAAGAAAGACAGCCUAAAAUUAAAUUAGUUGUUGGAAAAUCGCAUGAAUCUUAA